UAAACUUUUUUAGAUUUUAGAUUUGGGGGUUUUCAGUUUUGCAACAGCCGAUACAGAAAGCUUCUCCCGCCGCUAGGGUUUCAUCUACCAAAUCGAUCUCGAAACGCAUCAAUGGCGGAAAAACACGAGUUCGAGUUCCAGAUAUACAACUCCAUGACCAAACAGAAGGAGAAAUUCAAGCCAAUUGUUCCAGGCAAAGUCUCCAUGUACGUCUGUGGCGUUACAUCUUAUGACUUCAGUCAUAUCGGUCACGCUCGUGCUUACGUCGCCUUUGAUGUCCUCUUUCGGUAUUUGAAACAUUUGGGCUAUGAAGUUAAAUAUGUGCGGAAUUUCACUGAUGUCGAUGAUAAGAUUAUCAAAAGAGCCAACGAGCUUGGGGAGGACGCGUUAUCUUUAAGCAGUCGGUUUUGCCAGGAGUAUCUGACUGAUAUGGCUGAUCUGCAUUGUCUGCCACCUAAUGAACAACCACGUGUUUCAGAUCAUAUGGAUCAAAUAAGGGAUAUGAUUCAAAAGAUUAUCGACAACAAUUGUGCUUAUGCUGUUGAUGGUGAUGUCUAUUUUUCUGUUGAUAAUUUUCCCAAUUAUGGACGGUUAUCAGGAAGAAAGCUUGAAGACAAUAGAGCAGGUGAACGGAUUGCUAUUGAUUCAAGAAAAAGAAAUCCUGCUGAUUUUGCCUUGUGGAAGGCUGCUAAACCAGGGGAGAUAAGUUGGGACAGCCCAUGGGGCCCAGGAAGGCCAGGAUGGCACAUUGAGUGCAGUGCAAUGAGCGUAACUUAUUUAACCGAAACUUUCGAUAUUCAUGGUGGCGGAAUGGAUUUAAUAUUUCCACAUCAUGAAAACGAAAUUGCUCAGAGUUGUGCCGCCUGCCCAAAUGCCAAUAUAAACUACUGGAUGCAUAACGGUUUCGUAACUGCAAAUGACGAAAAAAUGUCCAAGUCUGUUGGAAACUUUUUUACUAUCCGUGAGGUCACAAAACUGUAUCACCCUCUCGCCUUGAGGCACUUUUUAAUGGGCACACAUUAUCGAUCGCCGGUUAAUUACUCAAUUGCCCAGAUUGAGAUCUCUUCAGAGGCUGUUUAUUACAUUUAUCAGACCUUGGAAGAUUGUGACGGUGCUAUCUCACAAUUUCAAGAAGAAAUCAAAACUAGUGGGAAGAAGUAUUCUGCUACUGACGAUGCUAAAAAAUGUGUCAAGAAUCUGAGAAAUCACUUUGAAGAAAAACUGUCUGAUGAUUUACACACCCCUACUAUUCUGAAUGCUGCUCUUCAAGAAGCUUUAAGAUUGAUGAACAAAAUCUUGGGCAUGCUCAAGAAGAAGCUUCAAAAACCACAGAAGUUAUCGAACAUUGAGUCUCUUAUUCAGUUGGAGAAAGAAGUGAGAGGCGUUUUGGAUGUGUUAGGGCUACUUUCCAGUUCAACUUAUUCUGAGGUAUUGAAGCAACUAAACGACAAAGCACUAAAAAGAGCAGAAUUAACUGAAGAAGAUAUACAGCAACGUAUAGAAGAGCGGGCAUUAGCUAGAAAGAACAAAGAUUUCACAUUAGGUGAUCAAAUCAGGAAAGAUUUGACUACAAAAGGGAUUGCUCUGAUGGAUGUUGGCAGUGAAACCAUUUGGCGGCCAUGUGUACCGGUUGAACUUGCCAAGUCUUCAGAUGGUCAACUUACGGGCCCACCUGACACAUCAGAUGGUCAACAGCCCGGACAGUUGAAGCCAGCCGAUGCUACAAAACCUUGAUCAUUUUUCCUUUUUUGGACUUCUAACUUAUGUAUGUGAACUGUGAAGUAUAAGCACUACUGUGGUAAGAGCUAUGAAAUACUUGACCUUUUGUUUUGUGUUCGAUAUACAGGUACAACUGUUUUGAUCAUAUACCGUUGAGACCCUAUUUCACAAAGUUUUAUCGUUAUUUAGAUUAAGGGCUUGUAAGAUUUGUAUUUAAAAUUUUGUGGCCUGAUUGUUUAGUUAUACCUGAAGAUAACUUCUUAUU